AUGACUCAACAGACACCUCCAAACCCGAUGUCGACACCGUCACCGACAACUCUCACUUCGACGGCACUACCACUGUCAUCUCAAAUUCUCGAUUUUAGUCAUGAUAAACUUCACGCGGAACAACAACAUGAUGAAUUGCAUCAUGUUGUUGUUCCGCGUGAAGUUUAUGCCUCAAUUUCAAACAGUUCAUUUAUGCAAUUUAAUUUAAACUAA